CGCUGAGGGCCGGUCCCGCAGAGCGCGGCCAUGGCAGACACGGGGACGCAGGGCUUUCUGCCGCCCUUCAAACACUUCGCCACCGAUGCCAUCCACUUCGGCCAGAAGCCCGAGCAGUGGAGCUCCUGGGCCGUGGUGCCGCCCAUCUCGCUUUCCACCACCUUCAAGCAGCAGGCGCCCGGCGAGCACACGGGUUAUGAGUACAUCCGGUCUGGGAAUCCCACACGAGAAUGUCUGGAAAAGGCCAUGGCCGCCCUCGAUGGAGCCAAAUACUGUUUGGCUUAUUCCUCUGGCUCAGCAGCUCUUUUGAACAUCUGUCACCUGGUGAAGCCGGGGGACACAGUUAUCUCCAUGGAUGACGUCUAUGGAGGCACGAGGGAAUUAUUUGACAAACUAGAAAAGGAUUAUAAUAUCAAAGUUCGUUAUGUUGACUGCACAGACCUAAAAUUGCUGGAAGCUGCAAUUGCAUCAGAUACCAAGCUGGUUUGGCUCGAGAGCCCCACGAACCCCACGCUGAAGGUGAUCGACAUCAAAGCCUGCGCAGACGUGGCACACAAGUACAAGGAUGUGCUGGUGGCCGUGGACAACAGCUUGAUGUCUCCAUAUUUCCAGCGUCCUUUGUCCCUGGGGGCUGAUAUUUGUAUGUCUUCUGCAACCAAAUACAUGAAUGGGCACUGCGAUGUCCUCAUGGGCCUGGUCUCUGUAAACCGGGAUGAUCUCUAUGAGAGCCUCAAACACCUGCAGUCUCGCCUGGGAGCUGUCCCCUCCCCUUUUGACUGCUUCCUCUGCAACCGGGGGCUCAAGACUCUGCACAUCCGGAUGAAGCUGCACUUCAAGAACGGCCUGGCUGUGGCCAAAUUCCUGGAAUCCCACCCCCGGGUGGAGAAGGUCCUUUACCCAGGGCUGCCUUUCCACCCUCAGCACGAGGUGAUGAAGAAGCAGUGCACGGGUUUUUCUGGGAUGGUCAGCUUCUACAUCAAAGGGACCAUCGACAAUGCCUUUGCCUUUCUCGGGAACCUGAAGGUGAGGGCCAUUAUGACCCACGCCUCUGUGCCUGAGGAGGUAAGGGAAAAGCUGGGAAUCACUGACACCUUGAUCCGCCUCUCGGUGGGGCUGGAGGAUGAGGAGGAUUUGCUGGCAGACCUGGACCAGGCCCUGAAGGCUGCGUUUGCAUAA